AUGAACUCAAUCAGCAUCAUUGUACCAACCAUUUUUGUGCUCUUGCUCUUGGCCUGUGUCGAAUGUCAAUUGACAUUUUCACCCGAUUGGGGUAAGAGAUCGGUGGGUGGUGGUUCUGGCUCGAAUACUGGUGCCUUUUUUGAUACACAACCUGGUAACUGUAAAACAUCCAAUGAAAUGCUAUUGGAAAUCUUUCGUUUUGUGCAGAAUGAGGCCCAAUUAUUUUUGGAUUGUAAACAUCGGGAAUAAUUCUUUUGAAUUUCAUUAUAACCAAAUGCUUUCCAAUAUUUUAUAAGGUUUCAUUCAUUAUAUACAUAUAUAAACUAUAACAUUUGUAUUGUUUUAUGUUUAGUGAAAUAUUAGAAAAAAAGAAAUCGAAAAAUAUAACGAAAGGGGUAGUCGGCAUAUGUUUUAGAGGUUCUUUAGAAAAUUAUUGUAAUUAAUUUAUUGUAUUAUAUCUAUAUGUACAAUAUAUAUUGUAUGAAUAAUAAUAAUAAUAUAUCUAAAUAAAAAUUAAUGUUAAUUGCAGUUUGAAAAAAA